CAAACAUACUCCCUUCACAAAUUAAUAUACCAGCAUGUAUUAACCACCAUUGACAGCAACGAAUUUCCUUUCACACAAAUGUUUUCCUGGCCUUCAUUUAUGAUCAGAAUGCAUAUCUCAAAACAGCACUUUAAAAAGAGGAAGUCAAAAAUCUGAAAAAGGAAAAAUCAAAAUUUCAGUUUUCAGAAAUGUAUUUAUUUGAUUUAUAUCCUGCCUUUAUUUUGUACAACUCAAGGCAGCAUGCCUAAUGCCUGCUUCUCCUGCUUUCCCCACAACAACCACCCUGUGAGGGUGGUCGGGUUGAGAGACAAUGUAGAUGGACCAAUUUCUAGUACCUCUUCUGGGAAGUACUUCCUUUUGACUGAAAAACAAAGAAGGACUUCUAGAGGAGGGACGUUUAGUCCUAAUAAAUGAAACUGUGUGUAAAAGAAGUUUGAAAAAGUAUUCAGUGAUCAGGUAAAUGAAGCUCAUAUUGAAGUCCUCAUGAUACUUAAAUUUAUCAACUUACCAAUUAUUAAAAACUAGCCCACUAAUAUAUUUUGAAACAGGUGUCUUACUGUGUCUUACUACUUGUACUUUGGAGUCUAAUAAAAUGAAGGCAGUAUUCUUAAAGCAGCAGAAGAUGCUUUAAGCAUGUUCGUUAAAUUGAGCAUGUAGUGUUAUACUUAAUAAAGCAGAGGUGGUGUUUAUGAGAAAAUUAGCAUUCCUAAAGAGAAGAUAAAGUGGGCGCAAGAAUGGGAUUUUUCUAAUUUCUUAGAAAAACUGAGUAGAAUUAAUGAUGAAAAUAAACUUUCCUUUAGUUAAAGUAAAACUAAAAUAUCCUAUUCUGGUAACUUCCAUGAAUAAAAAUAGUUGCAUGCAGCUGCAUAGCUGAAAGUGUAGUUCUAAGCCAAAUGUUUAUUACUGUUUAUUUUUGAUAGAUAUGAGUGUCCUCUUUUUCUUCUUAAUCUCAACUAGCAAACUGUUGCUGCUGUUGUGAAGCAAUGCGUAAUUCAGAACUGGCAAUAUUGUUGUAUUGAGAAGGUGCAUGAAAAUAAUAUCCUUUAAUCAGAGUGUUCUAGAUUUCUUUUGGUUAUUACUUAUUUUAAAUAUACAGAUAGUUCUCACUGGUAAAGGCAGGAGACAGAGCAGUAUAAUUAUAUAAUUUAUGUAUGUAGCAUAGUAAUUUUAACAGUUUCUUAGACAGUGGUAUACAGAGAUAAUGAGAUUUAUCUUUUCAAAAUAGUCUCCUUGUGAGGCAUGUUGCUCUUCUGGUCUGGUUCCUCUAGAAAAGCUUCACUGCUUCUUAGCUAACAGUGCAAAUAAUUUCACAACAUCCCAUUUUUCUGAAAGUAAGGUUACAUUUCCAUAUAAUUAAAGAUUUUUAAACUAUUUAGUUCUACUGGCUGGGUUCACAUAUAGUGUGUAUCGAUAACCUCUUAAGAGAGACAUUAUACUUUUAUAGUGAGAAACAGUUUAUUCUGGGAAGAAUAAUUCAGAAGAACUAAAUUUAUACAUUUAGGUAGUAAUGAGCAAACACAUUUUUUGAUAGUCUUUGUUCCCAUUAAGCAACCAGUUCAAACUCUUGUAAUUUUAAAGAACACAAAAGCUGUGUAUGAUCAUUUUGAAUAUCUUGCACUGUAAAGAAGUAAAAGCAUAUUUAUUAAAAAUAACUAUUAAAUCAAACACAUUUUCCAAACAAUAGAAGUGUGGCUACUUUCUGUCAGCACCUUUGAAACAGACACUUUGCUUCAAGGAGAACACAUUUUAGGGUUUCAAGAAGCAUAAAAUCAAUGCAAAAUAAAAUGUGUAUCAAAAAAAGGUAAAAUUGUUUAAAGUAACUGAUAUCCAUAAGUUAGAAAAAGAAGGAGCAACAUCCUGUGUAUAUGUUUGUAUUAAGUGUUUGUGACAUUUAGUUUUAUGUAGGAUAAAAUACAAAGGUUUACAUAUUUUCUUCAUUACUAUGUCAUAAUGCAUAAAAUAUUUUUCAUUAUUCCCAGUAGGAGAAUAAACAGGUAAAUCAAGCUGCCAUGUAACUUAUAGAAUUGUGUUUUGCAGCUUAAGAAAAGCUAUACAGGUAUGCAAAGUCUUAUGAGAACUAAGAAUUUAAAAAUUAGUAUACUUUUUAUUAUACACCACCAGUAGUGUCCUCAACUAGCACAAGGAGGCAAAAGGUAGAGCGAAAGCAUACAGGUUAAGUUUUAAGUAAGUAGUGUAAGUUAUCUGCUUAUACCAAAGUGUACUAUGGCUUUUAAAAUGCCCUGGUUAAUUACAUUUUAAUAUUUAUAUAUAAUUUUUAAGAUCAGAAGUUUUUGAUGCUAUCUUUCUCAAAAACACAGGUUUAUUUGGAAACUGACAAGAAAUUCCAUAAUAAGAACUUUGGUACUGUUCAAUACAUUAUUUCCUUUAUAGUAGCUGCACUUUUCAGUAUACAUGUACUAUUUGAAUGGUUUCCCAGCCAUCAUUCCCUGUGUUCUGAGAAUUCACCAUUAAAUUGGCCCAAAAUCCUCAGGCCAGUUACAAGAAUUCUGGAAGGGAUGGUCGAUAUAGAUGAGAAAGACAUUGGAGAAGUAUGGAUUUUUAAUUCAAAUAGAUUAGUGACUAGCUUGUCCCUAGUAGUCCAGCAUGGUAUCUGUGGGGGCUUACUCCAUUGAGCUAUAAAUCUUGAAUUGUACUGUCCAAAUAUUAUUUUUAGGGAUCAAAAAAUUCAGUGUGAUUCACUAGCAAAAUUUUGCUCCAGCUGUAGUUCCUCUCUUGGCACAUGUUCUUGGGAAGGAAUUGCACCAUUGCCACAGUAUGUAAAAAAGUAGAACCCUAAAUGAGAAUUAUGUAAUUUGGUAUAUUCAGCUCUUAUUAAUGUAGUUCACAACAUGAUAUCCUUCAUAUAUCUUAUACUAUGAUUCACCAAAUUCUCAUUCAUAUCUGAAAUAUGACCAAGGUGCCCGGCAAUUCUGAGAAUAGUAGCCUGACAUAGAACAGCACCAGCUUGGAAAUGCACCAAAUGUUGCAGUGUGCUCUGUCAUCUUGAGAAAAAUUGAUUUGUAUUUCAGUUGAAUGUGCUUGUGUUACCCACUAAAGUCAUUAAUGGCUUCAACAUCUAUACUUCCUUUGCUAAAUUACUGGGUAUGCUGAUGCCUUCUGCUGAAGAUUCUGCUCAGCAAACAGAGAUUAGGUUUUUCACUUUGUUUGCCUUGUAAGAAAAGGACAGAAAAUGAAAAAGGGAAAAGGAACACAGCCCCUCUCCCUCCCCCUGGAGGGUGAGGUGUUUCAGCAGCAGCAGCAGCAGUGAAAGUUGAGCAACCGUGCCUCCAGCGUAUACAGUACUGUCUUUGUGAAUUCUUUUCAGAACUCAGUCAGUAUGGAUCAGCUCAAGUAAGUAUUCUCUCACUCUCUGUCAUGCAUUUAACUCAUUCUCUGUAUGAGAAUUCUUGAGUCCUGGUUUUUUAAUCAAAUUUUGAGGUUCAACAAAGCAAAACAUUGAAGACUGAAUGGAUUGCAACUUUGUAUGUCACUUUGUACUGCAACUUGCAGUCCAUUUCCUUAAAUAUGCCAUUAUAUUUCUCUUUUAUAUUUUUAAUAAAGCUUUCUGAAGCAAGCCAGAUGUCAGUUUAUUUGACAGCUGUCUUUUCAAAAUUUAUCAUCUUUUCUUAAUAGCAGUUUUCUAGCAGAAAGGUGGGGAUUUUUCAAAACUUCGUCUCCUCUCUCAUUUUUGAGGCAACUUCUGUAGACUAAAUGGCAUCCCUUUGAUACUGUUUAUCCCAUGGCCUGAGAACCCAGGUGGAACUUAGAAUGUUAUGGGGUGGUUGUUAUUUGUUCAUUGAUAGGCAGAAAAAUCUUAUCAAAUAAUUGGAAGCCUGCGCUGGUGAGAAAUUCUGUAAUAGGAAAUAGCAGUUGUGGUGCUGGCUUUGGAGGACUAUGAAUUUUGGGAGUACUAGCAAAUAAUGCAAUAUCUUAAACCCAUCUUUUAGGCAAAAUAUAGUUUUUCACUUAAUACUUUUAUCAAACCACUUUUCAUGUUUGUUGAAAAGCAAUUCUAUCUAUAAUGUCCUUCUUUAUUAGUUCUUUAGUGUGCAACAAGAAGGCAAAGAAGGAUAGCCCCUUAUCAUUUUUUUCUUAUUCUGUGAUGUUCGUAUACUAGUGACAUUGUGCUAAGGUGUAAUAUAUCCUAUACUCUAUUGUUGCUGCAUCAGUGGGAUGGUUAUUAGCAUAUGGAGGACUUUAAAAAAUUGCCCUAAAAUCUGUAAGAGAAAAAUCCUUUCUACCAAGACUUGGCCAGGCAUAAAGUCUUGAAUUAAGGGAAUGUAAAUACAGCUUAAGCGUGUUCUUUUUCUGGGCUGUCCACAGCUUCAUCCUGAUUUAAAUGUUUGGCUGGCAAAAUGCCCACUGUCUAGGGAGUAGUUUAGUGAAAGAAGGGUGUAAUUACUUUGUUCAUUAAAAAUUCUGAACAAAGGGGAAUUUUGCCAAAUUGUACAGCCCUUCAGCUUAGGCAGAAUUGCUUUCUUAAAUUUCAAAAUUAAACAUGUUACACCUGAACAGAAAUUACUCGUGACUUCCAUUUCAUAGAAACUUGUAACUUCUAACAAAUAUGGAAUAGUUCCUGGUAAUAUAAAUUGCUUGAAUAGCAAUGGAUCCAGCUCAAGUAUAGCAUUUUUUAAAUUCUACGAUAGUAGAAUUAUAUGUCCUUACUCUCAUAAUCCCAUCAUGUAAAUAUUUGCUGUUGCAAAAUUCAGCAUUAUUUAUUAACUAGGCCAUAUUUUGAAUGCAGUUUAGCUUGCGACUUACAGAUUUUACGCUUGAGUUGUAAUUCUCAUUCUUGCUUUGACAUUUAUUGACUGUGAUUUGUGUAUUUCAGCUGGAAUUUAUAAGGGAUUUGUUUGUUUGUUUUUUUGAUACCAUGGUUAUGGUGAUUUUGAUUUUUUAAAAUAAUAAAAAAAUAAAUAUAUAAUUUGCAUCACAGUGCCUGUAUGUGAUUGUGAAAGCAAUUGGGAAGGGAUACUAGAAAAUAUUCUAAUAUAAUUUUAAAAACGGAAAUGUCCUUUUUAUUUGUUAAAAAAUAGAAAUCAGAAAAUGAAACAAUAUUAAGCUAUUAGGAAGCACAUUUGUUGAGUUGUACGUAGUUUUAGGACAUUCUACCUUUAGCAUUAAUUAUUUUGCCUUUUGCAGUUACGAACAUAGUUUAUAGAAAAAACAAAACACCAUUUGGUAAGCAGAUUUCCCUCUGGAGGCUCCAAAUUGUCACAAUAUCAUAAAUGUAAUGUUCCAAAUGAAGUAUGUAUGUUAAACAAGAAGAAAUAGGAUCAAGAAUGAAUGGAUGGUGAAAGAAUGUGAAUUUUAUAAAAAAGCAAGUGAUUGGUACUAAAUAUGUUGAAGAGGUUUGCUCAUAUAGAGAUAAAUGAGGAUUGAAUCACAGAAGAAAUAAGCAAAGGAAGAAUAGAUUGAGUAGAAAUAUAGUUGUGGUUGGAUGGAGUUGAUGAGGUUUCGCAAAGAAAAAAACAGGUGAUAAGGCAAUGUAUGAAAGUAAUGAAAGGCAGUGUAUGAAAUGGUGCUUGGACAUGUUAGAAGCAAGGAUUGAAAGAUAUGGAAAGGUAUAGAAUAGUAUCAUUAUAAACAGUGUUUAGUUUUCAUCCUCCCAUCCCUUUUAUUUCCACAAUCUUUCCCUUUCCCUUUCCCUUUCCCUUUCCCUUUCCCUUUCCCUUUCCCUUUCCCUUUCCCUUUCCCUUUCCUUGUGUAAAUUGGACUUUUCCUAAUGUUCCAAAAGGGAAUAAUGUGAUAAAUAUCUAAGUAUGUAUGACAAGUUAUUAUUUUCUUUUUCUCUUUCAUAGAGAAGGUUAUCCUGCUACCUUUUAAAUUACUAUGAGUCUACUACAUAGUAACACAAGCUUUGAAACCAGUGAUCAAGAGAGUGGCUGCUGUGCAGCCAUGGCCAGUGCUUGCAGUGCUGGAACCAAGGAGGAAAGCAUCAGUGCCAACAUCAGUAAUGGUACUGGUGGGACACUUUCAAACUCUUUCAUGGAGGAAACCCAAGGCUACGAUGUGGAGUUUGACCCACCACUGGAAAGUAAAUAUGAAUGCCCUAUCUGUUUAAUGGCUCUACGGGAAGCAGUACAGACACCAUGUGGACAUCGCUUUUGCAAAGCUUGCAUUGUCAAAUCCAUAAGAGAUGCAGGUCAUAAAUGUCCAAUAGACAAUGAAAUCUUACUAGAAAAUCAACUCUUUCCUGAUAACUUUGCAAAACGCGAAAUCCUCUCACUGACAGUGAAAUGUCCCAAUAAAGGCUGCAGUCAGAAGAUGGAACUAAGACAUUUAGAGGACCAUCAGGUACAUUGUGGAUUCGCAUCAGAGAAAUGUUCUCAGUGCCAAGGGAUUUUCCAGAAGAACCAGCUGCAAGAACACAUUAAGCUAGAGUGUCCACGGCGGCAAGUUGCCUGCCCAAAUUGUGCUAUGUGUAUGCCUUAUGAAGAAAAGCAGGUUCAUGACAAAAUAUGCCUUUUGGCAAAUGUCUUCUGUGAAUAUUGUGAUACAAUGCUAAUCAGAGAACAGCUGCCUAAUCACUAUGAUAAUGACUGCCCUACUGCUCCAGUACCAUGUACCUAUAGUGCAUUUGGAUGUCCAGAAAAGAUGCUGAGAAAUGAUUUGGCACGCCAUAUGCAAGAAUUUACUCAGGUUCAUAUGAGGAUGAUGGCUCAGACUCUUCGGAGUGUCAGUGUUACUACUCCAACUUCCAUAAAUUUUUCUGGAGCUUUACCCUUUGACCCAUCACUCUUCUCUCAAGCCAUGCCAUCUUCAUGUGAGUGUAGUCCUGAGGUCCAGAACUUCAAGGAGACUAUUCAGCAACUGGAAGGUCGCUUGGUAAGACAGGAUCACCAAAUUAGAGAACUCAUUGCAAAAAUGGAGACACAAAACUCCCAGAUGGGGGAUCUCAAACGCACCAUCCGAAAUCUAGAGGAAAAAAUUACUGACAUUGAAGCCCAACAGUGUAAUGGUAUUUUUCUGUGGAAAAUUGAAAAUUUCAGUAUGUAUCUGAAAGCCCAGGAAGAAGAAAGGCCUGUUGUGAUCCACAGUCCAGGUUUCUACACAGGGAAACCCGGAUAUAAACUUUGCUUGCGUCUGCAUAUCCAGUUGCCAAGUGUUCAACGUUGUGCUAACUACAUUUCUCUUUUUGUUCACACCAUGCAAGGAGACUAUGACAGUCAUCUGCCUUGGCCUUUCCAAGGCACCAUCCGUCUAUCAAUUUUGGAUCAGUCAGAAGGAUCUCCAAGGCAUAAUCACGAAGAAGUAAUGGAUACUAAGCCUGAAUUGCUAGCCUUCCAACGUCCUAUGGCCCAUCGCAACCCAAAGGGCUUUGGAUACGUGACUUUUAUGCAGUUGCAAGCCCUGAAACAAAGAACAUACAUAAAAGAUGAUAUUCUCUUGGUACGCUGUGAAGUUUUAACACGUUUGGACUUAACCAGUCUCCGAAGAGAAGGUUUUCAGCCUCGUAGCACAGAUGGAACAUCAUAGCCGAUUGUCCAAUCUUGAUUGUUUGCUUAUGUAAUUGCGAUAACCAAGUUUGGUUUAAAUUAUUUGGCUCCCUAAGGUGGAACAGCAAAUGGUGCUUCUGUUUUCAAAAAGAAAAAAAUCAUAUUAACCUGAGAUAGCAAAAUUCUGCUAGUACCUUUUCUUCCUGCUCAGGAAUAGAAGGCAGCAGUAAUAAAUAAAUGUGCAUUUUAUGCCUUUUUUGCUACAUGAAAAAUCUUUUGCCUGUAGCAGCCGUUUUGCUAUCUUAUUGUAUGAAGGAUCUGUAGAACUGUAAAUGAAGAGUGAGAUUCAUGAGAAUUACAGAUCUUUGAGCAGAAGUAAGACUGCCACUCCAGGAAGAUAAUAUGCUUUUCAGGAAAGGGGAGAUCAUUCUUCUGUCGUAAGACAAAAAUAUAUCUAGUGCACUCUGUUGAUUCUUACAAGUGAGCUAGAUAACUGACUGACUGUUAUCAGUAGCUGACGUGUUAAAAAUUGUACAUUAAAACAGAGCCACCUACUGUAUAGUCAAGAAUGGGUCAAACUCUAUUGCUAUUUGUCAUUAGAAGAUUGACUGCUAAAGCUAUAAACUGUGUACUUGUAUCUCAGAGAAGUUAAAUUAUGAACUAUAUCUACAUAGAGGCAAGUAUAUAGUGGGGUACCUCAGUGUUCUGUCUUGGGCCCAGUACUCUUCAACAUUUUUGUAAAUGACUCAGAUAAGAGGAUGGAAGGGAGACUCACCAAAUUUGCAAAUGGCACAAAGAUAGGAGGAGAUUGCUAACACCUCAGAAGACAUGCUCAGGGUUUGACAGUUUUGAUAUGCUUGAACAUUGGGCUUUAUCCAAAAUACCGUUCAAUGGCAAAAAAAAAAAAAAAAA